UGAAUCGCCAGUUCGCCAUCACAAUCACAACACAAACACAAAUUUAUUGGUUAUGUUUAUUGCUGUAAUUUGUUUGAAACGCUCAUAUUAACUCAGUACUUAUGGCAUUUAAUUUCCCCGCGUUUUCAUACAUAAUAGCUCUAAUUGUAGAUGCAUUUUUGAUUUUCUUCGCAAUAUUUCAUGUAAUUGCGUUUGAUGAACUGAAAACAGACUACAAGAAUCCCAUAGAUCAGUGCAACAGCCUGAAUCCUCUGGUGAUCCCAGAGUAUUUGCUGCAUCUCCUGUUCAACGUGCUGUUCCUGUUCUCGGGACAAUGGUUCUCACUAUGUCUCAACAUACCACUUAUCGCCUACCACAUCAACAGGUAUCGCACCCGGCCAGUGAUGUCAGGUCCGGGGCUCUACGAUCCAACAAGUAUCAUGAACGCUGAUACUUUAACCAAAUGUCAACGGGAAGGUUGGGUCAAGCUAGCCUUCUAUCUACUCUCAUUCUUCUACUAUUUAUAUGGAAUGAUUCACUCUUUGAUCACCGUAUCCUAGAUCAGUUGCCAGCAAGCUUCGUACACAAAAGUGUUCACAGUCGCAGCUCUGCGUCAACAGUGGCCGUCGAUGUGUUAUGGAUUGUUGUUUGUGUUAUCGAAAGGCAAUUUUAGUCAUUAGGUUAAGAGGCAACAGUACUGUUUAGUAUAAGUUGUUAACGGUUUAAAGUAUAAUAAACCUUUUGUAAUUUUUUGCUUUGUAAUAAACUUAUUACUUUUA